GAGUGAAGAAAAAAAAUAGUUGUUUGAACCGAGAAAGACGAAACAAUUUUGAAACAAUUUGAGCCCAAAAAAAGCAAAGAAUAGAAAGCAAAAGCCAGAGGGAGAUGGCCAGUACUCUUAUUACAGUCUAGUAAACAAUUAUAUCCUUCAUGCCUCGUGGGAGUUUUUGGGUUUAAUGGAAAGCUUUGGGUUCUGAUGGUGAAGCUUAGAAGGAGAUAGUAGAGGGUGUUAUUGACAUUGUCAAUGGGUGCAGUGAUAGGUAUCAGGCACCAGAGGGUUGCGGCUGCUGGCUUUUCCGCCAGAUGGGUCUCUUUUCUUUGCAUUUCUUGCUUCUUUUUGGGUGUUUUCGUUGUCAACAGAUUUUGGACUGUCGAGCUAGAUAAAGAAAACGAAGAUACAUCGGAGGAGAGGUAUCAAAAGGGCGCUCUUAAAGACAAUAUAAGUUGCCAAAAGAUGGAAAGCUCCGUUCAUGCUGGUGGUAUUCUUAAUCAAGUUUCACAAGCUCAAGAUGUAAUCAUGACAUUAGACAGAACAAUUUCCAGUCUGGAGAUGCAACUAGUAGUAGCUAGAGCUGCACAAGAGAAUAACAAGGAAAAGUUCCCAAUUUAUGCAAGACCACCAAUAAAUCAACCAAAGUAUCGCCCUAAGGUCUUCUUUGUGAUGGGAAUCAUGACUGCAUUCAGCAGCAGAAAACGAAGAGACUCGAUCAGAGAGACUUGGAUGCCUCAAGGGGAGAAAUUGAGAAGGUUGGAGAAAGAGAGAGGGAUUAUUAUGCGUUUUGUUAUUGGCCACAGUGCAACCCCUGGUGGUGUUGUGGAGCGUGCCAUUGAUGCGGAAAUAGAACAACAAAAAGAUUUCCUUAGACUGAACCAUAUUGAAGGGUACCAUGAACUAUCAUUGAAAACUCGGAUAUAUUUUUCCUUGGCAGUAGCAAAAUGGGAUGCUGAUUUCUAUAUUAAAGUCGAUGAUGAUGUGCAUGUUAAUCUUGCUACUAUUGGUUCAAUUCUAGCACGUCACAGGUCAAAACCACGUGUUUAUAUAGGCUGUAUGAAAUCCGGACAGGUUCUGGCAAAGCAAGGAGUAAAAUAUCACGAACCAGAAUACUGGAAGUUUGGAGAAGAGGGCAAUAAGUACUUCAGACAUGCAACAGGACAGUUGUAUGCUAUCUCCAAGGAUUUGGCCACAUACAUAUCAGUUAAUAGGCACAUACUCCACAGGUAUGCUAAUGAAGAUGUUUCUUUAGGUUCUUGGUUCAUUGGUCUUGAUGUCGAACACAUUGAUGAACGUAGUCUCUGUUGCGGGACUCCUCCAGAUUGUGAGUGGAAAGCCCAAGCAGGGAAUCCUUGCGGUGCAUCCUUUGACUGGAGCUGCAGCGGCAUUUGUAAGUCUGUAGAGAGGAUGGAUGAGGUUCAUGAGCGCUGUGGAGAAGGGGAAGAAGCAAUUUGGCAGACAAUGUUUUGAGAAAUCAACCUGUUAGUUUUGUUUUCCUUCACUCUUGUUGGUCAUUUUUGUAAUAUAUUUUGCUUAUUUAUCUGUAGAUGAUAAUAUAUGAAAUCCCUUUAUCUGAUGGAAAUAAGGCAACCAUCUCCGAUUAA